GCUCUUCCGGUCAGUGUUGUACAAGUUGUAGUUUAAACAUGAUCUUGGUUKUCGAGAUGAGUAUUUUACCGAGUUUCUGAAUGAGAAAUCACAUAUGGUUGUCUUCAUGGAAGGCCUUGAUUCCGAGAAAGUGUCUUUUGGGCACUCUCAUCAAGUUGGAGUCAGAACACCGACCACAGACGAAAUGCAAGCAAGUGUUUUGCAAAGCUUGCCAUUUCAGAUCGACAAGUCUUUAGUUUAUACCCUUGACGAGUUAGAACUGUCAUUUCUUGCUAAUGGAUUCUUUGGAGAAAUUUUUAAGGCUCGUCACAGGAAAACAGAUCAAACUAUGGUUUUAAAGAAGGAUAGACAUGGUUUUGACGAUGAUUGCUUUCGUGAAAACAGUUUGAUGAACGAAGUUGAGAUUUUGAGUCACAUCAACCAUGCGAAUGUUGUCAGGUUUUUAGGCCUAUGUAUUGAUGAYAGAGAUAAUCGAGUUCAUCUGCUGAUAGAGUACRUUAAUGGCGGAAACCUGGAACAGUUGUUGAUGAACCACGAUGAGGCCCUAGAUUGGGGAACUCGAGUUCAUCUUGCAAAAGACAUCGCGAAUGGCAUGAGCUAUCUCCAUCAAAACCGAAUCAUCCACAGAGAUCUAGCCUCAAAGAAUUGUUUGAUCAAAGAUGUUAAAGGUGCGAAAUAUGGAAUCGUUGCAGAUCUCGGCUUGGCGACACAUGUUCCAGAUAACGACGAGGGCGUGCAACAUGCAGUUGGUUCGCCAUAUAACAUGGCACCUGAGCUUCUUAGAGGAGAAAGAUAUGAUAACAAGGCUGAUGUGUUCUCCUAUGGUAUCAUCAUGUGUGAAAUUAUUGGACGUGUCCAGGCAGAUCCUGAUGAGCUUCCAAGGACAGGGUCUUUUGGUCUUGAUGUGGAAAAGUUCCAAACCAUGGUCAGUGAUUGUCCAAUUGAGUUCCUCCAUACCGCUGUUUGUUGYUGCCAGAUGGAUCCACGAAGCCGUCCAUCAUUUUCAGCCACAGUGAAACAYCUUGAAGCAAUUCUGUUAGCAUUUCCUAGACGACCAGAGCUUUCUUGUGAAAACUUAAUAGUGAAAAACAUAGUCAAUUCACAUGUUGACAAUCCAAUUGAAAAUACUUUGAAUAAUAACAAUAGCAUUUGCUCCACCACAAGUAUUUGCAGCAGCAGUCAUCUAUUGACSCCUACAAGYAAAGACAGCUCACACCGACAUAGAUCUAACAGCGAGAAUAAACGCCGUUUGUCAUGGAUUUCUGGAAGAUAUAAACAUUUUCACUCUGCAACUGAUGAUUUGCUCAAACACACCCCWGCAAAGUUAAUGGGRUUUUUCAAAAACGUUCUGGGUGUAAGAGCCAAAGAUCACUCAUUUAAAUCCAUGAAGAAACRUAGCCAUUCGUCAUCUGUAGUAACAAGAGCUGUUUCACCCCUUCCACMAGAAAAUAYGUCCAUUUUGAACCACAGCGAAACUGAAAAUCUWGUAGCWCCAUUGGAUUCAUCRUCGUUUUUAUCGCAAUCAUGUCCAGGUACACCAGGAACUGUUCUUCGUUCUUUCAGACACAGUMAUGCUGAUGUACGAAGGCAUACAAUUGCYCCAACUGUUUGUACAUCACUAGAAUCUUGUAAAGAUGAAACUGAUUUUCCAACUAUUAUUCACAGUCGAGGUAGCGCAUCACAAAGUGCUCAGUCRGAUUUAACCUCUGUAUCGUCAGGAUUUGAUUCAAUGAAUGACACUUCAUCAACUGCCGAGAGCUCGUCAGUGUUUACAAACAGCGAGUUUUCAUCACGUAGUUCCAGUCUACGCCGUGAUCCUUCGUUACCAGAGGAUGAAGAYGACGACCCUACCACAACAACAUGUAAAAACUUGAAAACUCUUCAUUUUGAUCGCUCUGGCAGCUACUCUGUUAUCAAUGCUGAAACUUCUUAUCGGCAAGAAAUGGAACGGGAGAUGAGAAAAGAAAAACUGGAUGGGUUUAAGGAAACCCGUGAUAACCCUAAAGUGAAAAAAAGAAUGUCUUCUCCMAGAUUGUUUUCAUUCUUACUUGGAAAUCGCACCAAAUCAAAAGAYCAGGCCUAGAAUUUUACAAUGGAAAUGUCUAUUUUUGUGUACAACYGAAAAUCAUUGAUUGUCAUAGUGGAUAAAUAUUUUCAUGCACAUAAUAAGUUUGUAAGAGCACUAUUUUGAUACAGUCAAUUUUCAUUUUGUUGAAGUUUUCAAUUGAUGCRCUAGGCAUUCACAUACCUUCUCAUAAAGUUGUUUAUCACCAGGUUUGCCAGUGUCCUGMUGGGUCAGGUUGUUCAAAGGUUGAUUAGGGUUAAUCCAGGGUUAACUCCAUAGGUUWUYUAAGACUAURAUAAUMAUCUUUAUUGAGGAAACUUUUUCAUUUACAAAAAAAAAUGGUUUUCAAAAAGGACCUCCUUAACCUAGGAUUAGCGCUAAUCGAUCUUUGAACAACAUGGCUCUGAGAUCUAACUUCAAGGAUUAAUAAUUAUUUUCUGCUAAGUAUUUGUUUUGAGGGGUUCAUGUUUGUAUGAUUAUUCAUUGAAUCUUUCUUCAUUGGGGAUUCAUUUCUUAUUGACUGACUGUUAAAUGGCUGGUCAGUUUUCAAUUGAUAUUUUCAACUGACAGACAGUGUGUUUUCUGGUCAACUGGACAAAAGAUAGGGCUAUUCAACAGUCAUUCCCAUUCUUGGGAACCCAUAUAUAAUCUUUCAUUGUUCGUUCYUCCUUCCCAUGACGUAUAUGCUGGCAUUCCUGGUAUUUCCAUGACAAAUUGUUAAAAAUURUAUGCGAUAAAUACCGUUCAUUUUUCAUCAUCAUAAUCUAGAAUGAAGAAAAGACAGAUUUUAUUUAAAUAAUAUUGAUAUUUUGAAGCUUGUUUGAAUUCUAAAAAGACAUUCAGCUGUUAAAAAGAUAGGUCUCCUCUGCAGCUGUUAUUGUCUUCAAAAGUGUGGGAUUCCUUUGGYGACAGACUUCCAGAAAGAGUGAGAGAUGGCUGCAGAGGAGGCCUAAAAAGAUCAAUAAUUUAAGAUGAAACAAAUUGUAUAUAUAGAGAUAUGAAUGAUGUCGUAAGAAAAGUCUAUAUUAUUAUAUAUWAUGAUCCAUUAAAACAUAACAAAUCUGUACAUUUGAUAUUUAAAUUAAUCCAGAAUCACUAAUAUAAAAUGAUUACAGUAUAUUGAUGUGCAAUUUAGUGUAAACAUUGCAAAAUAUAAAGUCCUCACUGUUGCUAGAAACUCUAAAUUUCCUUUAGUUUUGUAUACUAUAAUACUGUCACAGGGUGCUUUCCAUUUAGGGAGAACUGGCCGGCCARUCCACUCUAUUUAGAGGUAUAUAAUGCUUUUUGUCAACAUUUUUCAGUCAUUUCGAGGUUUUCUGUAGAAUAAUGGAUAGAAUUUGAAAAUUUGAAUUUCCUAACUAAAUGGGAAUGAUAUAUAAUGACAUUUUCUCUGGGUCUGGCCAGCCAGUUCUGACAAAUGGAAAGCGCACACAGUUUAGAAUGAUUCUACGUUAUUAAUAUAGUACCAAUGGAAUAUAUUAAAUGAGAUAAUAAACAUUUUUAURAAUGACA